GAACUGAAAUUUUGCGAUUUGGAAAUGUUCUCGAGGAAUCUCAACUAAACAAGGCACAAUGGAUGACAAAUUAAACUAAGGAUUAGAAAACCAAGAGAACUAAGCCUUGAUUAUAUUACUUAUAGUCUCAAAAAUGCAAGUGCUACAUACGUGGAUUACAUGUUCGAUGUUUGGAAUGUUUCUGCUGAGAACCGAUGCUCUCGAUGUGAGUUAUUUGGAAGAGAAAUAUGGCACAUCUAUCCAAGCAGUGUUGUGUAUAUUAUUCAAUGACGACUUGUGUAAAUAUGAAAGAGGUCGUGGGAAUCCCCAGGACGCAUCGGAUGCAAUUAGAAAUGUUUUAGUAAGAGGACGUGCCCAACAAAACAUUUGUAGUCCUUACAGCUGCACAGAUAAGCCAAAAAUUGCUCCAAUUAACCUGUGUAUCGCAAUCCAGAAGUCAUGCACAGUGAGUUAUUCAGAAGUCAAGUGGGCAUAUGAACAUGCUAAAGGCCUUAUAAAGACAAUUAAUAAUGCUGCGAUGAUAAGCACUGUCAUAUAUUCCGACAAGGCGAAAGUCCAACCAAAAAUAAGACGUCUACAAGGCAAAAGAGUAAAAGGAGCACUUUUGAGGAAAUUCAAACCAAAAAAGGAUGAAGAAUGUGAAGAUUGCAAAUCGAACACUAAAGACGCGAUUCAAAAAUGCUGGGAGGAGUUUAACAGAACAAAGAACACACUGCAAGAUGUAAUGAUCAUAUACACCGAUGGGGUCUCAUUCGAUACAAGAUUCAAUCUAGCUGAGGAAAGAAAUAACACACUCAAGAAAGCAAAAGAAAGCCAUGAAAAAAAUAUUCAAACAUUUGUUAUAAAAUAUAAAAACCAAAAAGGCUCCAUAAAAGGAGAUGUGGAAUGGAACGCAUUGAACAAUCCCGGUGUUCUUAAAGACCUACAACACCCUGAACCCAUGAGUCUCACAAAGGAUUUUAAAGCUUCAACAUUUCUGACCGAUUACUGUGAGGCGAUACCUGAUUGCACACAAAAACCUCCACAAUGCGGAAAGAUUGACCUCGUUUUGAUUAUCGAUCGAUCCAACAGCAUCCAGUUUUCUGAUAUUAAGCGCACCAUCAAAUUCCUCAGCAAUAUGGUCAAGAAUCUUCAGGUUGACAGCGACCAUAUACGCGUUGGUAUCAUCUCAUAUAAUCAGAUUGUCUACGUACAUUCGGAUGUCAAUGAAGCACUUAGCAAGGUCGAGGUGCUGGCCAGGAUUGAUGAGAUCCCAAGUUCAAAUGCGCU